AUGGCAGCCUUUUCAUCAUCAACAUCUUCAUCACCAAUUUUCCUGCCAAAUAAUCCCACCAUUAUGAAUAAUAAUAUGUUUGCCCUUUUGGAUUAUAUUCAACCAAACAAUGCCUUAUCAUCAUUUGGUAAUAACAACAACAAUAAUAAUAAUAAUAAUAAUAACAACAACCAGGCUUCUUCUCUGGUAACAGAUUAUUAUUACAACAAACACACUCCAAAUCCAAUCCCCAUGAACAAGAACAGGAAAUCAUCACCCAAACAGACCUCUUCUCCAAAUUCUGCUCACUCCAAGAAGCAAAAGAAAAAGAGAGAAAAUAAUGGUGAAGAAAAAAAGAAAAAAAAUCAAGAAGAAGAAGAAAAGAAAGGAUAUAUUCAUGUGAGGGCUAGGAGGGGCCAAGCCACUGAUAGACACAGCCUUGCUGAGAGGGUGAGGAGGGAGAGAAUAAGUGAGAGAAUGAAGCUACUCCAAUCCCUUGUCCCUGCUUGUCACAAGGUAACAGGAAAGGCCCUCAUGUUGGAUGAAAUAAUUCACUAUGUCCAAUCACUCCAAAAUCAAGUUGAGUUUCUUUCAAUGAAGCUUGCAUCUGUUAAUCCUCUAUUCUAUGACUUUGGGAUGGACUUGGAAUCUUCAUUCAUGGUUGGGCAUAUUCAACAGAAUUUAACACCAUUGCCAAGCAUGAAAGAAUGCAUCAUGGAUAAUUCUGUUAAUUCUCUUCUGUUACAACAACCCCAAAUUAAUCCACUAAAUAAUGCUGUUCCCCAGGGGCAUAGACAGGUCUUGUGGGAAGAGGAAGACCAAAGACAAAGAAUUAUUAAUCAGACAGAAAACUUCAACACCUUUUAUUCAUUACAUUAAUUAAUUAAGGGUAAAAUUCAUUUUGCACCCCUAUACUAUGAUAAAUAUAUCGUUUACCCCCCUGAAGUAUUGAAAACAUCAAAUACCCCCUGCCGUUAGUUUUUUUCUUCUAAUUUCGUUAGUCAAACCCUUAGACCGA